GGGAGAGCCGAGUGUGAGGGUACUACAGUCCUUGUCUUGGAAAGGAAAUACACGACCCUAUCGGUGACAUCUGACCUGUGAACAAGCGAUGCAUUUGAGCGUCUGAAAAUGAGAGCAGGGGUGUGUACUGUGUGACCCUACUUUGGCUAAGCUAUGGAGAAGCCUUGGCGACUGUGGGGGGCGAUGGAGCGCUGCACGCUGACCCUGGUCUCCUGGUCCUGGGGGGCCUGUCGGGUCUCUCUGCUAGCGCUGAUUCUGACUUUUCAUUUAUACGGAGGCUUUUUUCUGCUCGCUCUUAUCCUUGCCUCCGUCGCCGGCAUCCUGUACAAGUUUCAAGACGUCUUGCUGUAUUUCCCCGACCAGCCGUCGUCCUCUCGCCUCUAUGUUCCCAUGCCAACCGGAAUCCCACAUGAGAAUGUGUACAUCCGCACCAAGGAUGGUGUGAAACUCAACCUCAUCCUGCUUCGCUACACAGGAGGAGACGUGCCUCCUGUGAUCGCUGGCAGCAAUCAAAGUUCCUCCUCCUCCUCCUCCUCUCCCCCAACCAUUCUCUAUUUUCACGGAAACGCAGGCAAUAUUGGUCACAGGGUGCCCAACGCUCUGCUCAUGCUGGUCAACCUGAAAGCAAACGUGGUGCUGGUGGACUACCGAGGGUAUGGAAAGAGUGAGGGAGAACCCAGCGAGGAUGGGCUGUACCUGGAUGCGGAGGCCACCUUGGAUUAUGUCAUGACACGUCCGGACUUGGACAAGACAAAAGUGAUUCUAUUCGGUCGCUCACUAGGGGGUGCUGUGGUGGUGCGUUUGGCAUCAGCCAACCCUCACCGCGUGGCUGCUAUUAUCGUUGAGAACACCUUCCUCAGCAUCCCUCACAUGGCAGCCACACUCUUCUCCUUCCUGCCCAUGCGCCUGCUCCCCCUCUGGUGCUACAGGAAUCAGUUCCUAUCCUACCAGCAGGUGGCGUCGUGCCGCAUGCCCUCUCUGUUUGUCUCCGGUCUGUCUGACCAACUCAUCCCUCCAAUAAUGAUGAAGCAACUGUAUGAGCUGUCCCCCUCCCGGACUAAGCGCUUGGCUAUUUUCCCCGAGGGAACGCACAAUGACACAUGGCAGUGUCAGGGCUACUUCGCUGCCCUGGAGCAGUUCAUCAAAGACUUGCUGAAGAGCCACGCCCACGAGGAGAGCGCCCAGUCCUCUGCCAGUGUUACCAUCAUCUGACAGCAGAUCGUUCCACCUUUCCUACUGUCACUCUUCUUUGGAAAGAAUGUACAUUUUCUAUGACUUGUUGGGUUUUAUUUACAUCUUUUUACCUUUCUGUCGGACAUUUUGUUAUAAAGAAGUGAAAUGACUAAUAUAUACGUUUUUAAGAGAAUGACACUUUGCUCUCGGGCUAUUUUGUUUUUCGGCAACGCAUGCCUGCAUCUGUGACCUUUUUUAAGUCCACAAAUGAAGCCAGUGUGCACGCUCAUGAUGAAAAGAAAAGAUGGAAGUUGCUUGGGGGAAAAAAAAUGGAUAUUGUGGUAAUUAUUUAAGAUGUCUAUUCCUUUAAUAAAAUAUGUUUUACACAUUUUUAAUUUACACAAACAGCAAUUUGUUGGCCAAUUCUCAUGUGAAAUUUGACAUUUUUAACCUCUUCAGUAAUAUCUCUAUUAAAUGCACUUGGUAAUAUACAGUUACGUGGAAGCAGUUUAAUGUUGUUUAAAAUAUUUUAAAACAAGUACUGGUAUAGAUAAACAAGAAGUCAUCACAGAACUCAAUUUGUGGUAUUUUUGUUUGAUUUUAUUAACCUUGUUUAAUAAGCUCUGUAUUAGAUAUCAUCCCAAAGCAGGAGUAACAGGUUGAGAACCCCAUACAUUUAUUUGUCAUCAUUUGGUUGAGGAAAUUAUAAUAAAUAAUUAAUCAUAUUAAAUAAAAGGAAUAAAUGCAAAUCAAGAUGUCACGUGACGUAACUUGGAACUCACCCCGUGUGACAGACAAAUUGCUGUUUGUGUAAAUGCAACCAGAGAUUCAUGAAUCGUGGUCAAGCUGUAAAUGUCUUUAAAUUUAGCAAUUCGACUCAGCCGUCUGCGUCAGCCUUCUUCUCCCACCACCUAAGACCGAAGCGUGCAAAAGAAGUCCAUCCAGCUACGUUCAACAAAGCUGCUCUGAGCGCCGAAAAUGUGUAAGAGGGAGGCGUUCCAACCGCUAGUGCUGCCCUGAAUGUUGACUGGAUCAUUUUGAUUAUGUACAGAAGUUGUUUUCUUUCUUUAUAUUUCAUCCAUACUUUGCACCGUGGGCACUUUUGUGUGUGUAACCUUUAGUUCACCCUCCGGUCUUAGCAGCACAUUUAUCAUAAAAGCUCCUUAUUAAUGCGCAGUUACUCCAACCGAGGAAGUUGUAGAACCUUUUCUGCUCUGAGGCAACGUUGAGUAUGGUUUCAUCUUUGCCAAAUGUGUUACCGCGACGACGUGGGUGUUGAUGAGGUGGGAAAAAAAAAAACUAAACGUAUGUUUAUUGUUGUUGAGCGCAGACAUUACUGCAGACUGGAUUAUUGGAGUGACAUUGAGCAACUGGCAAUGCGACUGUAGCCAUGUUGAAUGUGUUCCUCUUCUUUAGCUUUUGUGUUGAUGCACUCGGAAACACUUUCCUUCCUUCCGCAGAAUGUGAAAUGGUUGACUUUCAAAUUCAUUCUGGUGUCAGUGGUGACAUUUUUGUACAUGAAUAACGUUGGUGACUUGAUCAGGAUCCUGAGACUGACGUCUGAAUGAUUCAUUUAUAGUUGUGCGUGUGAAGGUUUUCUAUUACAGGACGACAUGCAGAAUAUCUUUUGUAAUCACUUUCACUUUCUUUUCCUCUGUGCUGUAACAGGCAAUAAAGAUUGGUACAUGCUGAGAAUGCUCUGUGAGAG